GGUAUUGAAGGUUGGAUGCUGGAGGCAGAUAGGUAGAGAGGAAUCCUCCAGAGAGAUCCAGGCAUCAUGUCCUCCUCCACACCGGUGUUGCUGCAUCUGCUGCUACUGGUCUCCCUGGCUUCAGCGGGACACUUCUAUGGAGGCUCCAUGUCUGUCACCCCCAAAGGGAGGAACGCUGACGGAACAUUCAAGGUGGAUUUACGCUACAAGAAUACCCAUGACUGGUGUGAUUACGAUGGCUGGUAUUGUUCUUCAGGGAACUGCGGCUCUUCUGUCAAAGAUGUCAGAGGCACAAUUGACAGCAGCAGCAGAGGACGGAGUGGUUACAACAACCAGUGGUGUGAAACUGAAACAGUCGAGACCAGAAAUAUCCCCAGUGAUAAACCUUUUCAAUUGAUACAAAACAGCUGCUGUUGGAUCCCAACAGUAAACGGUCUUGGACCUUGGAGCCUGGAAACACAAGUGGAUCUGGGAACAAGAUCUGAUACUGGUGAACCCAACAGAUCUCCAGUCACAGCCAUUCUUCCUUUCAUACGUGUUCCCCAGAACUGUCAGAGGUCCUACAACCUCAUGGCCUUUGACCCUGACGGUGAUCGUGUCAGAUGCAGAUACGGAUUGGUCAGACCUGAGUGCGAUAGCUGUGAUCAGCCUUCAGGUUUCUACCUGGAUCAGGGCUCUUGCUCCUUACAAUACGGCUACACUUCAACGAGUGGCGUCUACGGGUUUGAGCUAGUUGUAGAAGACUUUCCUAACCAACACAUCACCCUGUCCUACACCGAUGGCUCUAGUUCCUCCAGGGCACCGCUUCAUGCAGGGAGACGCCGACGCUCCAGCUACCAAACAACCGUCUCCUAUCGCUGGUGGUGGAGCCAAACCACCACAACUCCUUCUCCUUGGUGGUGGAGCCAAACCACCACAACCGCCCCCUGGCCCACCACCAACCCCGCCCCCCGGCCCACCACCACUACCCCCCCCUGUGACAUUACCAGCGCCGCCACCACCACCAGGCCCACUACCACCGCCGCCACCACCACCACCAGGCCCACUACCACCGCCACUAUCACCAGGCCCACUUCCACCAUCCCCUCCUGUGACAUUACCAGCGCCGUCACCACCACCGCCCCCGACACCACCACCAGGCCCACUACCACCGCCCCCGACACCACCACCAGGCCCACUACCACCGCCCCCGACACCACCACCAGGCCCACUACCACCGCCCCCGACACCACCACCAGGCCCACUACCACCGCCCCCGACACCACCACCAGGCCCACUACCACCGCCCCCGCCACCACCACCAGGCCCACUGCCCCCGCCACCACCACCAGGCCCACUACCACCGCCCCCGCCACCACCACCAGGCCCACUACCACCGCCCCCGCCACCACCACCAGGCCCACUACCACCGCCCCCGCCACCACCACCAGGCCCACUACCACCGCCCCCGCCACCACCACCAGGCCCACUACCACCGCCCCCGCCACCACCACCAGGCCCACUACCACCGCCCCCGCCACCACCACCAGGCCCACUACCACCGCCCCCGCCACCACCACCAGGCCCACUACCACCGCCCCCGCCACCACCACUAGGCCCACUACCACCGCCGCCGCCACCACCACCAGGCCCACUACCACCGCCGCCACCACCACCACCAGGCCCACUACCACCGCCCCCGCCACCACCACCAGGCCCACUACCACCGCCGCCACCACCACCCCCAGGCCCACUACCACCGCCCCCGCCACCACCACCAGGCCCACUACCACCGCCACCACCACCAGGCCCACUACCACCGCCGCCACCACCACCACCAGGCCCACUACCAGUGCACCGGUUCAUGCAGGGAGACGCCGACGCUCCAGCUACCAAACAACCGUCUCCUAUCCCACUACCACCACCACCACCAGGCCCACUACCACCACCCCCUGGCCCACUACAACCCCCCCCUGGCCCACUACCACCACCACCACUACCACCACCACCCCAGGAAGCCUGUAUCCCUCCACUGCUCCCCUCAGCAAACUCCCUCUGCAUUUCUCUCUUCUGGUGGACUCUAGUGUUCCGUCCUGCGAUGAGGGUAUGUACCUGCCCAGGUUCGUGCAGCCGACACCACACAACGGAGAACAUCUCCACGCCGAGGUCAACAAAGAGCUGGAGUUCAGGGUCAAGGCCGAGGCUACACACUCAACGAUUAAUGAUGUCAUCGUCAGUGGACCUCUGAACAUCACCAAUCACAUGACUACCCAGGGGGAGUUUGUCAUCCGGUGGACACCCAUCCGGGACAAUCUGGGGGAGUAUUUCCCCAUUUGCUUCAUCACUGAGGGGAUUUCUGGAUCUAGUGUCUAUCAGUCUGAGAUGAGAUGUGUUGUGGUGGAGGUCGGACGCAAAAAGGUCAAAGCCAAGGUGGUGUGUGACGAGACCAAGAUGACGGUAGAAGUGGAGAAGUCCUCUGUUACUGAAAUUCACGAGGACCACCUCCGCCUCAACGAUCCCAGUAACUCUGCCUGCGACCUGCAACGCCUCUCUAACAGCACCCACAUCAUUGGAGUCAUCCCCCUCAAUGCCUGUGGCACUCAGAUAGAGGAGGACGACGACAACCUCAUCUUCAAGAACCAAAUCACCACCUUCGACAACCCCAACGACAUCAUCACCAGGCACCACCAGGUGGAGUUCCAGUUCUACUGCCAGUACGCCAAACGUGGCAACGUGUCCCUGGGCUUCACUGCACACAGGGACAGCAUCACGGUGGUGGAGAAAGGCUUCGGCACGUUCACCUACCAGUUUGAGUUCUACCAGACCAGCCAGUUCGCCAACAUGGUGGAUCCCCGUGACUACCCGUUAGACGUGGAGGUGAAGCAGAUGAUCUACAUGGACAUCGAGGCCGUGUCCACUGUGAACAACACUGAGCUCUUCGUGGAGUCCUGCAGAGCGGCGCCGUACGACAACCCCGACUACCAUCCCACCUACCCCAUCAUAGAAAACGGGUGCAUUGUGGACGAGACGGUUCAAAUCUUCUCACCGCGUCACCAGAGACAUUUCCAGUUCGGAAUGGAGGCUUUCAAAUUCAUCGGAAUGCAUGACCAGGUGUACAUCAGCUGUUCAGUGAUCCUGUGUGAGGCUGGGAACCCCAACACCCGGUGUGCCCAGGGCUGCGUCAACUCCACCUCCCCCCAGCCUGCUGGUCACCACCACCACCGCAAGAGAGAGGCCGCCAUGCAAACGGCCAAACACCACAUCUCCCAGGGUCCUUUGCGCCUGAGAAAGAGUUCAGAGAGCUCAGUGACCAACGUGAACAUGGGGUUGAUGGUUGGGUGUAUCGUAGCAGCCGUUGCCGUGCUGUGCGGAGUGAUGCUCUACAAGUCCAAAACAUCAGGCGUUAAAUACCAGCCCCUGACAACAUUUGAGACUUAGUCCCAUGGCAACCAUCCUUUCACGUAGAGUCUGCAUUAUAGAAAGAAGGAUGGUGGGAAAUAUUGAACAUUUGAAAAGUGGUCUCUUUGACUUUAACGAUGAAAUGUCUCUUGAGAUCAAUACAAGAAUAUGCAUUAAUCCGUAAACGUACUUAGCGGUGACUCCGAUUAUAACAAUGUGUCUUGGCUGACCAGGUUAAAAGUUCUGAAUAGCCACUCGAGCACCAGUAGGAUUGCAGGUGUUCAUACAUCACAGGAAGCUGCUGAGGGGAGCACAGCUUAUAAUGUCCGGAAUGGAGAGAAUUGAGUGAAUGGUAUUUGAUUCCACUCUACUCGUUUCACUCCAGCCAUUACCAUGGUCCCGUGAUCCCCAAUUAAGGUGCCACCAACCUCCUGUGAUGUGUAUAUAUAUAUAUAUAUAUAUUUACUGUAGCCUGUCCUAAACACAUUUGACCCAUAUAGUGCCCUCUAGUGUACAAAUGAAAUGUAAUUUACAAAUACAGAACAGCUAUAAUCCACACAACAUCCGUAGAGGUUUGGCCCAAAUGUCUCCUACAACUUGUUUGACCAGUUUAACUCCUGCUUCUUCUUACUGUCUGUAUUGUGAUGUGGGGAAAGUCAUGUGAUACUGGGAUGUGCUCUGAAAUAUUUGACCGUUGUCACGUUCUGGAAAGCUUUCUAUAUUGGCCAGGGUCUGUUGAACCAGGGAUCAAUUACAUUUAUUUGUUGUGAUUGUGUUACAUCAAAAUGGAACCCUGGUUAAAAUAAAUGUUUAGUCUAUAUGAUGUAAUGAAUUACUGUAAAAUUGCCCUUUCAAAUAAAUGAAUGUAUUGGUAUUAA